AUGAACGUUCCCGCUGGUCGCAUCAAAAUUGUAACCAACAUUCCAAAUACGACUUUCACCACUUGGGAUAAGGAUGCCCACAGAUUUAUCUCAAAGGACCUAUGGUCAUUCAAUUUCGUGACCUUUUGUGCUCUUGACUAUAGGAAGAGCCCCCCUCGCGAUUGGAACCACCGUAACUUCAAUGAGUGGUUUAUGUUGAUCCACGAGAGCAAUAAAACCACCAGAGAAACGCGGGUUAUUUACUGUGGGCCGGAAUAUACUACCGACGGUCGAGUCAAGGGGGUUCACAUAUUACUGCACCCGACUCCUGACCCGGAAGGAGACCAAUGGACGGUGAAACAGUAUAAGAUAGAGGAAUGGCCGGUUAAACCGAACAAAGCCAAGCCAUACGAGCACUUUUUUCAUUCCGAACUCCUCAAAAUCAUCAAGAGUAUCGAAUGGAAGGAAACCUAUUUGUAUACCAUCCCUCCCUUCGACUCAAACCGGUUUUGCAUCAAUUUUGCUGGCUUCCUCUGCAACAUGGGGCUGAUCGACUACUCGGAUGUUAAAUACCUACUCAACCUGACUCGAACCCCCUGGCCACGCCCGGAUGGUUCAACUCUUCCCUACCGAAUUUAA